GAAUCAGCAAAAAAAAACUAUUAAUAUUAUGUACUUAUCUAAGUCCCAAUAAUGUCUCAGGAUAUUUUACCCCAAGGAGCAAGUAAAUCCAAUAAGAAAUGGGACAGGGACACGGUUGUGCCGUUCAUUUUAUUACCACUUCUGCUAUUGAUAGCAACAAUAUCUCUUACCAUCACGAUAAUUGUUAUGAUUUUUAUUGGAAUGGGCGCCUUAUAUGUUCAAUCACGUCCUAGACAGAAAAAUCGGUCCCCUUUCUUCUAUUCAUGGACAUUGUCAUCUGGAAUUUGUAUGUUUCUUGUGUAUGAGCUAGGGGUUUUAUCAUUACUGCAAAUAACUCAAUUAGAAAACUUUAUAUUUUUAUUACUUUUGGCUGGAACAUGUUAUUGUUUCUAUAGGAUGAAAGCAAUUGCUGAUCAUGAAUUAUAUUUGGGUACAAAAGGUAAAGAAUACAGUCCUGUAUUAACUUCCGAUUCCUAUUACUGCCAAGUCUGUCAAUUGGAAGUAAAUGAAAGAUACUUUCACUCUAUUUGGUGGGAUUGUUGUGUUUUCAGACCAAAUUACAUUUAUUUUGUAUAUGGGCAAAUAUUUGCAUUUGCAACACUUGCUUUUGGUGCUAACUUGGGACUCACAACAAUAUGUCAUCCCAUGAUUUUGUACGGCUCACUGAUGAUACCUGAAGAUUGCACUGAUGCUUAUUUUGAAUUUAACUAUGCAUUAUGCUUUGUAUCCUGUGUUUAUGCAAUUGGGUACUUAUCAGUAAUUGCCUUAGUUAUUCUCCAACAACUGUUUAUCUACCUUCCGAAGUAUUUUGCACCACAGUGGAGAAGGCUGAUUGAUGUUUGAAUUUUAGUUUUGGGAAAAUUCAAAAGCUUAUAUGCCUUACAAUAUUUAUUUUAUAAAGUUUUAGGAGUGGUAUAUUAAUUCAUAAGCCUAUAUCAGCGUAUAUACUACAAUAGUAUGAUUACUAUCGACAUCUCCAUAGCCUAGUCAUUCUACUAAGGGCUGUAAUUUUGCAGAUGCUUUUGCAAUGCUUAGAAAAUUGGUGGUUUAACACUGAAAAGUGGUUGUCUUUGUGUGAGCAGUAUUUUUUAAAUAUAUUUUCAAAUUUACUCGAAAACGCACCUGGGUAAAGUGGCGAAAUACAUUCAAUAAAAUAGAUAUAAUGUGUCCUGUGUUAAUCAAGGUCGGGUAAUUUAUUUCUUAAUUUAUACCUUAUAUAAAA